AUGGAAAAUAAUAAUAUUAUCACAGAUCCUUCAACUAAAGCGACCAAAAUUGCGACAUUUCUUUGCAUUCUUCAUUGUUUGCUAUCAUUUUUAGCAUAUUUACCUCGUUUUCAACCAUAUAUUGAAUUCAAAGGCGAUAAUUUCUACAAUAAGUUCCCUAAAAUUUGGAUUCUUUUCAGCGGAUCAUUCGUUUCUGAUUCGAUUUUUAGUCUAUUUUUCGCUUGCCUCGGUUACAUUUACACAUCUCGUAUUUUAGAAAGGAUAUGGGGAUCUAAAGAAUAUCUUAGAUAUGUCACGAUGACAUGUAUAUACGCAAAUCUUCUUCAAAUCUUAUUGAUCGGUCUUCUUUACCUCAUUACACAAAACAAACUUUUCCUAUCAAGAAAGUUCGAUACAGGUGGCGCUCUCUCCAUGGCUAUGGUAAUAGCAAUCGCCAAAGUAUUUAAAGACAUUUCUGUCCCUACACAAUGCGGAAAUUUCAAACCAAAAUAUCUUCCUUUCAUUUUUUACAUUGUUUCCCUCUUUUUCCUUCCUAUAUCAGGAUGCGAUAAUCUUCUCUCCUCAAUUAUGGGUACAAAUUGGGCAAUUUUAUAUUUAAGAUAUUUACAGCCACAUAAUGGUAAGCGUGGUGAUAAAGAUGUAUCAUUAGAUAAUUUGAUACCAAAUCCAUUCUGUUCUUGCUGUUCUGGUUUACAAGAAGAUGAUCCAAACGAUCCUGAGCUUGCAAACCAAUUCCGCGGUCAAGCAAGAAUGGUUACACCAGAUGGACAAGAAUAUCAUCCACCAAAUCCGGAUAAUGAUCGUAUAAAUAGACCUCAACAGCCAAGAAGAGAUAUCUUCACUGGAACGGCUCAUCGUAUCGAAUAA